AUGUCAGGUUGGGAAGCUUAUAUCUAUCAACUUCAAAACAGAUACAAUGCUGAGACUCAGCAGUACACUCUAACCAACGUGUGUGAACUUGCUGGUAUCUUCGGUACUGACGGUACUCCCUGGGCUCUUUCAGCUGGUUUCCAACUCUCCACUUACGAGUUCGGUCUCACCCAAGAAGAUGGAUCUUAGAAGAAAGUCAAUGUCAACGAAUUCACCACUGCACUUGAAGCCACCAAGGGAAACAGAAAAGGAUCAGAGGCAGGUAUUAGAAUGGGCAACCAAAAAUACAUGCUCGUUAAGCACAACCCAGAGAGCAGCUCUGCCUAUCUCGGAAGAGAAGGUGGUGGUGGUGCUUGCAUUGCUAGAACAAACACUGCUGUUGUUGUCGGUAUCUGGAACAAGAGUGGAGUUAUGUCAAACGGUCAACUUCAAAACGCUGGAGACUGUAAUGAUCUAACUGAAAAGAUGGCUGAGUACUUGAAAUCACAAGGAUAUUGA